GUCUUUGCCUCGAUCACUUUUCAAAAACCUGCAUACAUAUUAUAUACCUAUCACCUACAUUCAUAUAUGGAAGAGACAAGUAACAAUGGUACUGGGGAUGCAAGUUUGAAUGACAAUGGUACUGGGGAUGCAAGUUUGAAUUACAGGGGAGUCCGUAGGCGAAAAUGGGGGAAAUGGGUGUCGGAGAUACGGGAGCCCGGGAAGAAAACUCGGAUUUGGCUAGGAAGUUUUGAGACUCCUGAAAUGGCAGCGGCGGCGUACGACGUAGCCACAUUGCACCUAAGGGGUCAAGGGGCCCGACUAAACUUCCCUGAGCUGGCUCACAAUCUUCCUCGUCCGGUAAGCUCCACUGGUGAGGACAUACGCUCGGCUGCUCAGGAGGCUGCUCUACUCUUCAAAAAGCUACCCGGAGGAGAGCCCGAGCCAGGCAGCUCGAGCUCUAAUCCGGCUCCUGUAACUAUUGGACUCUCCCCGAGCCAAAUCCAGGCCAUUAACGACGCCCCGUUGGAUUCACCGAAGACGUGGAUAGAGUUGAAUGGCACGCUAAUGCUGGAAGAGCGUGCUAUUUUUUCGAAUGAUGUUGAGUUGGGUGAAAUACCUGAGUAUUCUCUUUGGGACACAAAAUUUUGAUCAAAAAACCACAUUUUUUGUUACUGAUGCACGGAAUCGACACCAUAUGACCAGUUCUUACUUUUGUAUUCUUAAAACUCAUACGGCGUCCAAAACAUAGUCACGAAAUGAUCUGUUAGAGCAUCUCCAGCAAGCAGCAAUUCAUAGCCAUUUUUGGCUAGGAAAUAUGCCAGAUUUUAGUUUAGCUAGCUACCAAUUGUUUAAGUCUCCCAACAGACUAGACAUUAGGCUAUGCAAAGGGAAGAAUAGUAACGGCUAGCUUGAUGGAGGAAAAAAAAAAAAGGAUUUCCCACUUCCAACAAUAUCUCACUUUUCUAUCAACUAAUUUUUUUUCCCUUCAUCUAUAAAUAAGUUCAUAUUUUACAUUUCCACAACCAUCUCAAUUUAAUUUUUUCCUUUAUCCUUGAUUCUUUUCCAUAUUUCCUCUCAUUUUUCACCAGUAAAGAUAUUGGUACCGACCACCAACAUCCCGAAAUCGUACCGACGGCCUCGCCGGGCCCACUCCGGCCACUGGACGUAAAUAUAUAUGCGAAAAUGGGAUGUUUCGAUCGAGCACCCUACACGCAUCGGAUGCCGUUGAUUCCCGCGGGUUUUUUUUUUACAAUUUUUGGACUGCUCGGAU